AUGUACGGCUUCUUCGACAAGGCGGGCGAGCUCCACCAGCUCCGUUUCUUCGACUUGGCCCCGGAACUGCGCAAUGUCAUCUACAAGCUCGUGGCGGCGGCAGCAUUCGAGCGUCCCAUUGCCGUGGUCUACGUUCCCCCGUCGGCUCUUGCCCAAGACACGGAGCCAGUCAUGCCACCAUCCCCGAUGAAGCACCACUACGAGAAGAUGGAGGCACGCCAUCGUCUACACGUAACUGGUAUGGCUCUGCUGCGUAUCAACAAGCAGUUCCACCGCGAGGCCAGAAUCAUCUUCUACGAUGCCGUACGCAUGAACUUCCGCUUCGCUCUAGAGCGAUCUUCUUCGCCAAAGCUAACUCGCACCCUGGCCCUGCGCUACAACAAGCUGCAAUUCAUCAGUCACAUCACCCUCGAUUACGUCUUGGCCAGCUUCUUCCUAUUCACCCCUGCCGUCAUCAAGGAUUGGGUCCAAUACCACCAGGCAGAUUGGACGUCCGACUUCCAAGCCGUGUCUCACCUUAACAAGAAGAUGAUGCGCGCACGCACACUCAUGUACAACCUUCGCACUGCAACUAUCUACCCAGCCGAAGUCGAUCGCUAUGUUCAACUCGGUGUGGAGAACGAGGCAGUCGGAGUUGCGAUCAUCACUCUACUGGUGGAUGCAUCAUACCGAGAGUCCCUCAGUCGCAUGUUCCCGCUGCUGGGCGACAUUGUCACUUCCAACAGCCAUGGCGCAGAGAGGUUUCGGAAGAUCAAGAGCGCGAACCCGAAGGAGGAGAGAUGGCAGCUCUCGUACUCGAAGGAGGUGCUGCCAACGAAGCUGAGGGAGGAUCACGACACCGAUGAUGUUGGUCUUUAUGACCAGACUAGCGGGCUCAUGGUGGCGACCACUCUCGCUCUCACUGGAGAUCUGUCUGGCGACGAAGAUGAGGAGGGAGCCACUGACGAUGAAAAUUUGUAA